AUGUUCGCGUGGCGGCGAGACAGUGUGCAAGAAGAAAGAAGCGAACGUAACAAUCAAUCAAAGCUGGACGGUAAAGAGAAAGAAAUUCCAAAUUCCGAACUGGACCGCAGAUUCCAGCUUAAAGAUCAACAGUCUAUUAUGGUGAACCCAGAAUGUGUAUUUUCCGAUCGAAACGAGCAGCAGUCUCCAUUACGGUGGCUGGCAUCGUAA